UAGAUAUAGUGGUCGAACACAACAGCAGAUCAUGGAAUACGUCCGUCAAAGUUGUGUCAAAAGACAACCCUUCCAGAGGUCCAAUAGUUUGAGGACUUCUAAUGUGAAUAAUCAACGAACUGAAGAAAUUGGCGGCUCUUCCAUAUCAGUGACACCUAUUCUGCCGAUCACUUCCGUAGAGCUUUCGUCUGCGAAUGCCAUCAGUGAUGACGAGAGACCAAAGUCUGCUCAAGAGAACAGUUCUCAUAAGUCAAACGCAUUUCCGGAAACACCUCCGAGUCCUUCAAUUGAUGAUCGAUCUAUUGGCCGGCCUUCAGGUUGGAGUUCUACUCAGUUUAUGAGUAGAGAGGGUUUUGCGAGUCCAGACCUAAUGGACGUCGAAGUCGAUGACAUAUCAAACGACUCUUAUCUUAUUGAUAAAGAGACUAAAAGUCUAUCGAAUAGAGUCUCUCAGUAUAGCGUUAAUGUUUGUGCCGAAAGUAACACUCAAAAUGUGGACAAUUUAAUAGAUUUUGAUGAACCCGUUAGAGAUAAUGUGACA